AUGAAGAUUGUCAACUCCUAAAUUGAUUUAUAGUAAUUAUUAUUAAAUAUAAUCUUAUAAGGUAUAAUGUAAUUCGAUUGCAAAUAGAGGAAUGUCCUCAAGAGGAGUAUUAAAUAAUGAAUAUCUAUUGGAAAUGCAGGGAGAUAACCUGAAAAUACAAUACUUAGGUUGUUCUUGAUGCUCAAUAAGAUUGACCUAAAUAGAUAGAUUUUUAGAGAAGAAUCUUCAGAUUGGGUUGUCACUAGAAUAGAAAUCCCAGCUCAUCAAAUAAUUGAUUUUAAGAGUAAAUGAAUAUAGUCAUUAAUCCAGGGUUGCUUAAAAAUAGGGCAACUUUGGCAAAUUCUAUUUGAUUCAGAUGAUCGAAGAAAUUUAGGAGCAAUGUUGAAAAAUGAAAUUGAUUUAGUUGAUAUAUUUCAACUAGAGUUCCCAAAUUGCAUUAUGAAGAAUGCAAUGUGUUGGAAUAUGAGAUUUAGAAUGAUCCAAUAUAUUUCUGGUAAUUGUAAAGAAGCAAAAUUGAUAUGUUUUGUCAGGAUGAGUUAAUAAAUAAAUAUAUAUCUCAAUAUUCAAUUGUAUUAAAGAAUAAAUGCAUUAGAGAAUUUAAUACUAAAAACUUGUAUUCUUUGA